GGCUGACUCAGCAGGUUGUUUCCCCCAAUUUCAGCAGAAGAUCGUGUGAAAGAGGAUAAUCACUGAAGAGAAUAAGAGGAGAAGUAAGAAAAAGAGUCCUAUCGACUCUCGAUCCCUCAUGUCCUUGGAAAUUCUGGCAUGAAGGGUCGUGAGGACCCCCCGCGAUAAGCCGCACGUGACCCCCACGACCGGCGAUUAUUUUUCUUCCCUCCGAAAUUGAUUUGCUGCCAUCCAUCCAGCUUCACCGUCGAUUUCCCCUCUUCCUCUCUUUCUUCCUCUCUCUCUUCCCUCAGAACUCGCCCUCUGGACCACCCGGUAACCCGCCAAAAUGCCUCCCCGGAAGCAGUGGAUUGACAAGAAAAACGCAACCACCUACCAACUCUUCCACCGUGCCCAACAUGACCCCCUCAUCCACGACCCUUCCGCCGACGAUCGCGUCCUGGCACCCGUCUCCGGCCCCGCCCCGGUCCCCAGCAGCAGCGCCUCCGCCUCCGCACCCCAGCACCGCGGCCAGAACCUCGCCGACCUGAACCAAGCCUUCGGUGGUGCCGCCGUCCGCAAAAACGAAGGUGAAGCCGCCAACUACGGCAUCUACUACGAUGACUCCAAGUACGACUACAUGCAGCACUUGCGCGAGCUCGGCACGGGCGCCGGUGACGCUCAUUUCGUCGAGGCCAAGACCAAGGGCAAGGAGAAGGGCAAGGGCUUGAAGUUGGAGGAUGCCCUGCGCCAGGUGUCGCUGGAUGAUGGCCGGAGCGAGUUUGGCGGCGCGGAGAGCGUCUACAGCUAUGAUAUGCGCUCGACCGCCUCGUCGUACGUGCGCCAGCCCACCUACCAGGACCAGCAGAACGUCCCCGAUGCGAUUGCGGGCUUCCAGCCAGACAUGGACCCGCGGUUGCGUGAGGUGCUCGAAGCUUUGGAGGACGAGGAGUAUGUAGAUGAGAACGACAACGAGGAUGUGUUCGGCCAGUUGACGACGCGGGCCGAGGAGAUGGACCAGGGCGAUUGGGAAGAUACCCUGUUCGAUGAUGUCGAGGAGGAGGAGGAUGACGGCUGGGAAUCCGAUGCGACCGAGAAGGCCCCCGUGCAGAUGAACACCACCGACGCGAGAGCACGGUACCAGGACACCGAGCAGCCCGACGGAGAGCUCCCCGUGCCCGAGCAGCCCGCCCCCGACAUGCACCCCGAGGACCAGGGCUGGAUGCGCGAGUUCGCCAAAUUCAAGAAAGACGCCAAGGGCAAGACCGCGGCUCCCGCCGCACCCGCCAGCGUCGUGCCCUCCGAACAGCAAAGCACCCUGGCCUCGACCGUCUUCACCGUCGGCGGCACCCCCAUCCGCCGAAAGAAGCGCAAGGGCGCCCUGACCAACCCCUCCGCCUACUCCAUGACCUCCUCCUCCCUGGCCCGAACGGAAGGCCACCGCCUCCUAGAUGACCGCUUCGAGCGCGUCGAAGCCCUCUACUCCCUCGACGAAGAGGACGAAGAAUUCGACGACAGCAUGUCCAUGGUCAGCGGCAUGACCGGAAUGACCAACAUGACCGGCAUGACCGGUAUCUCCACCGCCUCCUCCCAAGCCCCCAGCCUCAUCGACGCCAACGGCGACGCCGUCCGCCCCUCCCACAACUUCAACAACAUCAUGGACGACUUCCUCGCCGGCUGGGACGACAAGACCAGCGCCCAGGCCAAGCGCAAGGGCGCUAAAGCCAAGCGCGGAAAGAACGGUAACGAGGCCAUCGGCAUCCGUAUGCUGGAUGAGGUGCGUCAAGGUCUUGGCCCUGCGCGACUUGGCGGAAAGGUCUCGGGACGGGCUUGAGUCCGAUGUAUGUGUGUGUGUGUGUGUGUGUGCAUGGCUUCAACGAUUGCAACGAUACCAUUUUUUUUUUUUUCACUUCCUUUACUUCAUUGCAUCUCACUUCUCUACCAUGAUUGGUUUAUUUUGGUUGGAAAAAAAAGAUCCUGGAUAGGAUGGCGUUUUUUGUUGGUGUGGCA